AUGGACAGUUGGGAUAAUUUCAAGAAAGAGACACCCAGCGUUGCCUCACAACUGGAUGAAGGGCACGCGCUGCAGCAAAGUGAGAAAGAAAAGGCGAGACUUCGAAACAGAGAGUAUAUGACACGAUUAAUAGAUCUUAUCCGCACGUUGGCUAAAAGUGGUAGACCUCUUCGGGGCCACGACGAGAAGAAGGAAAGUGAUGACAAAGGAUUAUUUUUAGAAAUUUUUGCUCUAAUGUGCAGGUAUGAUCCAUUUCUACAAUCGUACAUAGAAUCUGCUCCUAAAAACUGCUCCUACCUUAGCAAAGGAAUCCAAAAUGAUUUAUUGGAAGCUCUUAACAAUGUUAUGCUUAGGAAAAUAAGUGCUGAUGUGACCGGUAAACCCGUCUCACUCAUAGCCGACGAAACAUCUGACGUGAAACAUCACGAACAAAUGAGUAUUGUACUACGCUACAUUCCCGAUGGAGGUAUCCUACCCAUAGAAACGUUUGUCGGGUUGUAUAAGCUAGAGAAAACGGACGCAGAAUCAAUUUUCAAAGAACUUGAAACUGUUGUAAGCUCCCUACGCAUUGACUGGAAAGAUGUCACUGCCGUUUGUUUUGACGGAGCAUCAGCAAUGUCCGGGGAGUUUUCAGGUGUCCAAGCACGAUGCAAAGAGAAGAACCCAUCCAUUAU